AUGUUUUCCGCCUCUCACCAUGUCGGUUCUGAUAGCGGACACACAACUCCUAGUGCGCAAGAUGUCGACAAAACUGAGAAAACCGAGGAGAAAGAUAUUGGCCAGUCGAAAUCAUCGGAUAUCGAGUAUGAAGCCGAGAGAAGAGUUAAUUUGAAGGGUGCCGAAUUAUACAAGCGAUCAGAAAAAACUGAACUGACACCUGUCGAGGCUCUGACCUGGAGUGUUGAUGGCGAUCAAUCGCCAUGUAAGUUAUGAAAGAUCCAACUUCAAUCCGCGGCUGACCUUCUAUUAGUUCCAGAGGUUGCGGCUUGCGUGAACAACACAGAUGAUUCCACGAUUGCAUGCAACACAGUACGAGCAUGGAUUUUGACCACUAUCUUUGUGAUCCUCCUUUCUGGUCUGAAUCAGUUCUUUGGUCUACGCUACGUAAAUUUACCUAUCCGCAAUUACCAACAACACUAACCGAUCCUAGCCCUUCCUUUCCCUUGGAUAUGUUGUAGCUCAGCUCCUUGUGUUUCCUAUCGGGCGUGCUUGGGAAAAGCUUCCUCGCUGGCGAGUCCCUCUCGGUCGUUUUACUUUUGAUGUUAACCCGGGGGUUUUUACAACUAAGGAGCAUGCACUGAUCGUAAUUGUAAGCUCAACGAUACCUUCCAUUAGAUAUGCUGUAGGAGUAUUGUAAUGACUUUUUCUAACAUGAAAACAGUGCGUUAAUGUAUCUACCAAUGCGGCAUAUGGCUUAGGAUCACUCGCAGCACUUUCCAGCCCUAUCUUCUGGAACCACGACAAUGGAGCCGGUUUCGCUUUUUUGUAUCUCUUGACUUCCCAGUCUCUCGGGUGAGUUCGCUCUACUAGGAACUGUCUGCUAUUUCCUUCUGCAACAUGCUGAUGAGGUACCUAGCUUCGGCCUUGCUGGUCUCACUCGACGCUGGACCGUCUAUCCUGCAGCUCUCAUCUGGCCCAACUCACUCACCUCCACAGUCCUAUUUCGCACUCUCCACGAGCCGAAGAGAAAGGAGCCACCUGCGAAUGGCUGGACAAUGAGUCGGUAUAGAUUCUUCAGCUACUUUACAAUCAUAGCUUUUGUUAUCUUUUUGUUUCCCGAUUAUAUAUGGACGAGCUUGUCUACAUUUGCUUUCAUCACCUGGAUUUUCCCUACGAACCAGAAAGUUAAUGUUUUAUUUGGGGUAAGAUAUUUUAUCGCUAUGAUGAAUUAUGAACAGGGCUUACGCAUAUCUAGAUGAAAUCGGGAUUGGGUCUUUUACCUAUUAGCUUUGAUUGGACUCAGAUCAGUAUGUACUCAUCUCCCAGUAUUGUAAAUUCUCAUUGUUUCAAUUUGGACAUUUGAGCCUUUAACCCUCCAAGACCCGGAGAUGUUCAGUGUUUUGUUUCUUGCACGUAGUAGAAGAAGGCUAAAAUCCAUCUAGAUUACGCCGGAAGUCCCUUAAUUACCCCUUUCUACAUCACCCGUAAUGCUUUUGCCGUGAUUGUCCUUUUCUACUUCUUUAUUUCGCCUAUUCUAUAUUAUACAAACGUAUGGAACAGUGCCUAGUAAGUUCCAAUAUUCGUGACUCCAAUGAUCGCACUUCUAUGUUGUUUAUGUACAAGUAACGACAUAUAUUAAUGCUGACAUACACAGCCUGUCUUUCUUAUCCGCAAGCACAUUCGACAACACCGGAAAGACAUACAACACCUCCCGCGUCGUCGACAAAAACCUCAACCUCAUCCCCAAAAACUACGAAGCCUACUCUCCCAUGUACAUAUCCAUGUCCUACUCCAUCACCUUCGCUCUCUCCUUCGCCGCCGUCACGUCCCUUGUCAUCCACACAUAUCUAUACAACGGCAAAGACAUCUGGGCCAAAUUCAAGGACGCUCGUUCCGGAGGAGAGGAUAUCCACAAGCGGCUGAUGAAUCAGUAUAAAGAGGUCCCUGACUGGUGGUAUAUCAUGUUGAGCGUGGUUGUAUUGGUCUUAGGGAGCUUCACGGUGUCCCAUUGAGAAUCUGGAUUGCCCAUUUGGGGCUUCAUAGUUGUUUGUUUUGGAUUGGCUGCUUUGAUGAUGAUUCCGGAGGCGAUCUUGGAAGGGACGACGAAUCAGAGAGUGUUGGUUUUUGUUAGUUAGGUGCAUUUUUGCUAACAUUGGGAUCCUAGGUAUUUGAACGUUAUCACUGAGCUCAUGGCUGGUUAUAUAUGGCCUGGAAAGCCAAUUGCAAAUAUGUAUGUCAAAGUAUAUGGUUACAAUGCCGUUAGACACGGGAUGGAUUUUAUACAGGAUCUGAAACUUGGGCAAUAUAUGGUAAGGGAAACUCUGGAUCGAGUCUAAACAAUACUGAUUGCUACUAGAAAAUCCCACCUCGGGUUCUCUUCGUCGGCCAAAUUUAUUCAACAAUCCUCGCAUCUGCGGUUCAAACAGGCGGUUAGUAUAUUUACCCCUUCAAACAAAUAGACACUGAAUUGCCUAGUAUUCCGCUGGAUGUUAAGCAAUAUCAAGGACUUAUGCAAACCAACCAACAAACAACGCUUCACAUGUAACGGCGCCAAAACAGUGUACAGCGCCUCCCUCAUUUGGGGUUCCAUUGGUCCGCAGAGAAUGUUCCAACCCGGCCAGGUGUAUAAUGCAAUCAUGUAUUUUUUUCUCAUCGGGGUAUGUCUUCGUCAUUCAAUUAGAUACGAUCGUUUUCUAAUUUCUGUGUGGCAGCCGGUGGUAACGGUCCUCGUCUGGCUGGUAUAUCGAAGAUAUCCACAUACCUGGGUACGAUACAUCAACGUCCCGAUUUUCUUCAACGCGGCAGGUCUAAUUCCUCCCGCUACAACAAGUACGUCCCGGACACUCCCUGACUACAAUAUUUCUUAAAGUAAAGCUGAUAACGCGUAGCUCAAUACUCCCUCUGGUUUAUCUUCGGCUAUCUCUUCAACUACCUCAUCCGAAGACGUAAAUUCGACUGGUGGAAAAGAUACAACUGUAAACAUAUCCCGAUCCUUACCAUCCUUUUCAGGACUAAUUGAAUCCCUCACAGAUCUUCUCCAAGCUGCGAUGGAUACCGGCACCGCGCUUGCGACGGUACUUAUCUUUUUCGCUUUGAGUUACAAUAAUAUUGAGUUCAACUGGUGGGGAAAUACGGUUGGUGAGGAUACGUAUGACUCGAAGUCUGUCCCUUGGUUGAAGGUCAAGAAUGGUAGUUAUUUUGGUAAGGGACCGGGGGAGUUUUGAGUAUUUUGUGGGGGAUGUGUAGAUAAGGUGGUGGAUUUUUGUGUGAGCGUGGUUUGGUGUGUGCUUUUGUGGUAGGUAUGGAAUCUGGAGAUAUAGAAAGUGAGGGGUUUUUGACUAGUAUUUAAAUGUCAAUCUAAGUCAAAGUGGG